AUGGAUCUAUCACGUUCAGCCACCUGCACCGUCGCCGCCGUCGCCGUCGUCUGCCUCCUGUUGCCGCGUCCCUGCGCGCCGGCAGGCGACCAGUUGGCCGUCGGCGAGCUGCUCUUGCCCGGGAAGUCCGUCGUGUCCGACGGCGGCGCCUUCGCUCUAGGCUUCUUCGUCCCGGACGAUGCCACCCCGGCCAGGCAGUACCUCGGCAUAUGGUACAACAACAUCCCCGGCCGCCCCACCGUCGUAUGGGUGGCCAACCGGGAAACACCAAUCUUCGCCAACCGUACUUCCUCCUCCUCCGGCCCGGCCCCGGCGCUCGCGCUGGCCAACGACACCACCCUCGUCCUGUCCGACGCCUCCGGCGGCGUUCUUUGGACAUCCGGCGUGUCCUCCGUGGGUAGCUCGUCCUCGUCCUCGUCCGCCGUGCUUAAGAACGACGGCAACCUAGUCGUCCGGUCGCCGAACGGGACCGCGCUGUGGCAGAGCUUCGACCACCCGACGGACACCCUCAUCCCGGGCAUGAAGGUCCGGAUGAGCCACCGGACGCUGCGGGGUGACAUCUUCGUGUCGUGGAAGUCCCCCGGCGACCCGGCGCCGGGAAGCUUCUCCUACGGCGUGGACCCCGGUACGUACAUCCAGCUGCUCCUGUGGAAUGGGACGCGCCCCUACUGGCGCUCUCCCGUGUGGACGGGGAUCGCCGUCACCACCAACUACAUCGGUGCUGGCACCGUCAUCUACACGGCGGUUGUCGACACCACCGAGGAGAUCUCCACGGCCUUCACUGUCUCCGACGGCGCCUCGCCCACUCGGUACGUAAUCACCAGCUCCGGCGAGUUCCAGGUCUUCAGCUGGAACGGCACCGCGUCGGCCUGGGCAACGCUCGACUCGUGGCCAGGGUCCAGCGGGUGCAGCCGGUACGGCUACUGCGGCGCGUACGGGUACUGCGACAACAUGGCGGCGGCGUGCAGGUGCCUCGACGGCUUCGAGCCGGUGAACGCGGCGGAGUGGAGCGACGGCAGGUUCGAUCAGGGCUGCCGGCGGAAGGAGGCGCUGCCGCCGUGCGGCGUCUUGGAUGGGGCAGGCUUCCUGCCGAUGCCGAGCAUGAAGGUGCCGGACAAGUUCUUGCUGGAGGGCGGCAACCGGAGCGCGGAGGAGUGCGCGGCGAGGUGCGCGACGAACUGCUCGUGCGUGGCUUACGCGUACGCCGACCUGCAAAGCAGCAGUGCCAAGGGGGAAGUGAGCCGGUGCCUCGUCUGGGUCGGGGACCUCAUCGACACGCAGAUGCUCGACGGGCGCAUGGCUGUCAACGGCGAGACGCUCUACCUCCGGGUUGCCGUUGCUGUAGCUUCCAGAGGAAGAAAUGCAAGCAAAAACGCACUGAAAAUUGUGCUGCCGGUGUUAGCAAGUGUCCUGAUGCUCACCUGCAUUUUCUGUUUAUGGUUCUGCAGGUUCAGAGACAAGGGAAGAAGAACCAAUUCAACAGAGAGCCAAAACAAGCUGACCGCGUCUAAUUGGAAUGAAAUGGGCCAAGUAGAUCACACUGAAGACCUUGAGUUUCCAUGCAUACGGUUUGCCGACAUUGUUGCCGCCACACGGAACUUCUCCGAAACAUGCAUGAUCGGACGUGGAGGCUUCGGCAAGGUUUACAAGGGAACAUUAGACAGGGGUCAAGUGGUUGCUAUCAAGAGGCUGAGUAAAAAUUCAGAUCAAGGGGCAGAGGAGUUCAAGAACGAGGCCAUGUUGAUCUCCAAACUUCAGCACAGGAACCUGGUUCGUCUCCUUGGCUGCUGCACCGAGGCAGCAGAGAAGUUGCUCAUCUACGAGUACCUGCCCAACAAAGGCCUGGACACCAUCCUCUUCGACAGUGCAAUGAAAUCGGUGCUAGACUGGCCGACGCGGCUGGGGAUCAUCAAGGGCGUGGCGAGGGGGCUCCUCUACCUACACCAGGACUCUCGGCUGACGGUGAUACACAGGGACCUCAAGGCCAGCAACGUGCUGCUGGACGCGGAGAUGAGGCCCAAGAUAGCGGAUUUCGGCAUGGCCAAGAUUUUCGGUGACAACCAGGUGAAGGCCAACACCAAGCGCGUCGUCGGAACAUAUGGCUACAUUGCUCCCGAGUACUUGACGGCGGGCGUCUUCUCCGUCAAGUCCGACGUGUACAGCUUCGGCGUGCUGCUCCUGGAGAUUGUGAGUGGUGUCAGGAUCAGCUCUUCCGAUGGCAUCAUGGAGUUCCCGAGCCUUAUUGCCUUUGCAUGGAGCUUGUGGAGGGAAGGGAAGGCAAGAGACGUGGUGGAUCCAUCCAUGGCAGGGAGCUGUUCAGCUGAUGAGGCAUUGGUCUGCAUCCACGUCGGGCUCCUCUGCGUUGAGGAUGAACCAAGCAGGAGGCCGCUCAUGUCAUCCGUCGUGUCCAUAUUUGAGAACGGAAGUGUGUCGUCCAUGUCGCUCCCGACGCCGAUCCAGCCUGCAUAUUUCACAAUGAUGGAAGAGAGGAGAGACGAUACUGUGAACACCAGAAACACAAUGACCAUGACGAUUCUCGAGGGAAGGUAG